CAUGACUAAUGUUUUUAAACGAAAAUGGCGACUUGCAGGAUAAUAGUAUUCUGCUGUAUUUUCUCAAUGUUGAUAUGCAGCGCUGCAUCAUAUGAACCAACAUGGGAGUCCCUCGAUUCAAGACCUAUUCCUUCGUGGUAUGAUGACUCUAAAUUGGGAAUAUUCAUUCACUGGGGAGUUUUCUCGGUACCAAGCUAUUCUUCAGAAUGGUUUUGGUGGAAUUGGCAGGGAGAGCCGACCCCGGCUAUACUUGACUUUAUGGCCACUAACUACAAACCAGAUUUCACGUAUGCAGAUUUUGCUGAAGAUUUUACGGCAGAAUUUUUUGACGCCUCAGAAUGGAUAGAUAUGUUUCAAAGUUCAGGAGCAAAGUAAGAAUGAAAUUAUUGAAAUGUCACUAAAUGUGGCUAAUGUAGAGCUUGAAAAUGAAUGCCCUGCGUCAUUUGCUAGUUUAUUAUAGUUGCAGUGAGUGAAUUAGGGUUUAGGUUAGGUUGAGGGAUAGAUUUAGGGUUCAGGUUAGGCAUGGGUAUCGAUACAGGGUUCAGGUUAGGCAUAGAGAUCGAUUUAGGGUUCAGGUUAGGCAUAGGGAUCGAUUUGGGAUACAUUCGGAUGAUUAGUCGCGGCCAUCGAUUAAAUAGUGACAUUCGUCCUCUACAUUUACCUGAAAUGUUAAUUUAAAAAAAAGACUAAAACUUGAAUUUUUUGUCUUGUUAAGUGCAAUUUGAACAAUCUUACCUGUGAACAAUUUUAUGCAUAUGUGAUUGCUAACAAGGAUCUUCUGCAAAAAGUUGGCUCCUCUGAGAAAUAUGUCAUGUAUUUAAUAAAGAUUAUAAGUAUAAGGUAAUGAUUGUACAAUUGGCUAUUUAAAUAAUGUUUUUUGAAAUUUUGAAAAAGGCGUCCAUUGAAUUUGUUUUUUUAACGUGACUGUUUCUUGGUUGAUUCACAAAGAGUAAGAUACACUUAAUUGGCAGCUAUUACAAUAAAAUUGUGCUGACUGUGAGUUUAAUCCGGGACGAUUCAAAUGAAACAUUCAAAAUGUCCUCCUUUGUCUUCUUUUUUGUUUUAUUAUGUCCUCCUUUUGGUGUCCAUGUAUCUGGCAACCCUAUGUUUGGGCAACUUCUCCAAUCAGCUGUUAGCACCUGUAGAUAUUUAAUAUUUAUUGAUUAUUUUAUAUUAUUGCCAAUUGUUACUGAAGCACUUAUUGUGGAAAUUAUGAAAUAUGUUUUUCAUAUGCCCAGUUUGUGUACAUAGUUAAAGGAAUUUUUAUAACUUUAUGGGCAGGCCUGCACCUAGAGGGUGGGAGACGCAACCUUGGCACUUGUCAGGGGCCAGAGCAAGAUAGGGGCCCAGAAUUUCAGUUUAAUACGGUAGAAAUGUUUUUAGCCCUGCAAUGAGCUUUCCACAUUAAAAUCAACCAUACCAAUUAGUUAAAAUUGCUCAAAUAAAUUUUUGACCAUGUUGUUAUUACAAAGAUCUAAGUUCUAAGGCACAAAUUCAGGCAACACAAAAAGUAUGAAGAAAGGUGGCCCCAGGUGGAAAGGCAUUAUUGCUCAUUGCAUUUUCAGAAAAAGACACUAUUUAAAAUGUAGUAGAAUAUAUUUUUUGGGCUAAAUUUUGGGUUAACAGAAUCGGUUUUGCGAAGACUUGUCUCACCCUAAGCGCAGUGAUGUCAUUUUAAGGAAUCCCGACACUUGAGUGAAUGGACCAAUUGUUGAACUUCAACGAUGUGUGUGAUAACUUUCCGGUUCUUCACUGAGCACUAUGUGCAUCAUAAACUAAAUCUGACAAUCGAUAUGGUUAAUAUGAAUUAUAUUAAAAUGAAAUUUUCCAUUAGAUCUAAUUUUUAUUAAAAUUAACAAGUUUCAAAAGAAAUGAAACAAUCAACCCAUCCUUGCUGAUGCUCCAAGAUCCAACACCGGUGGAGAAAAGAAGAUGCAUUCUAAAAGUGCUGUCUUACUGAUUAGUUGAAAAUCAAAGUAGCCGUAUGCUAAAACUUUGUUAACACAAGUGAAACUACAACUAAAUUUGUAUUGGAAAUGUCUUUCUUUCAUUUUGACACCACUGUUGUUUAAGUGAUAUCUCCUAUUUCAAAAUUAUUCUUAACAGCACUUAAAUUUGAUAAUUAAUUUUGAGUAUCUUAACAUUCAAUAUUUGUUGCGGGAUUCUUAAUUUUACCCUGUUGAUUUAAUUUUAUUAAAUAUUUAACACUAGGGCUGAACCAGGUGCAGUUGUUUUUACAUCCUGUCCCAGUAUUUUGGGAAAAUACCCUUUGGGUCCAAGUGUUACAAAAAAAGUUAACUUCUCAUUUUCUAAAAUAUGCAACAAAAUCUACUACAGUACCCAAUGUAGUAAAGAGAGGUCAUGACCUACAACUUUUUGUGUCAAGAAAUAACAAACUGAUAGUAACAGGCAGUUGCCGGAUCAUAGAGUAGAGAUGAUGUUGUACGCAUGAAGCUAGGUAUGUGACAGAGAAAACAAUAGCACCACUGAAUAAUAGUCCCCUCCCCUAAAGAAAACAAAUGAAGAUAUUUACCUGAGCUCAGACGUCACGCAUGAAUCUCACUGCAUGAUAGACUUUUUUCCCCCUCUUUACUAUGUGGAUGAAUCAGAGGCAAAAUAAAUAUAUUAAACAUCAUGAUCUACACAGAUGAAAGUGUAUAGUACUUUUUUUACAUUAGUAUUUUAGUUUGCACGGUGAGAUCAAAUUAAUAAAUAAAUGGUGAAUUAUUUUUUUUGAAGCCUUUUUUGAGUGAACGAAAUUAUGCAUUUCUUAAUAAUGUGGUAUUAAUACUUUUCUUACACUAUUCAGAUAUAUUGUGUUUGUGAGCAAACAUCACGAAGGGUUCACAAACUGGCCAUCCAAGUACUCUUUUAAUUGGAACUCUGCAGCAGUGGGGCCAAACAGAGAUAUUGUUGGUGAGAAGUGACAUUAUAUUCUGAUCCUGCUAAAGGUUAUAUAUAGGGCCAGUUCUGUAAAAAAAUGUUCAACUGGGGACAUUGAAAUAGAGAGCACUUUGAUAUUGAAAAAAACAACAUAUUAAAUAAUAGGAAAAGUAAAAUUUUUAUGGGUGGGGGUUAUGUGUCAGAAUAAUUAUAUAUAAUUGUAUGACACAACAUUCACAAUCAACCCCACACACAUUUAUCUGGAGACCAAAGCUCUAUAACAGACAAUAUUUUGAAGAAGCAUUUUCCAAUCAUUAAUAUGAUGAUAUAUUUAUUCAUUUUUUAAAACAUAGCUGGAUUUUAUUUUCUUAUAACAUUUUAAGUAACUGAAAAUUGCUUAUAAUUAUUUAUAUUAAAUUAUAUUUGCUAGAUUUAUUUUACUAUAAACUGUCAUAACAAAAGAUAUUGAAAAGUAAUUUAUAGUUUAAAAUAUGCUAAGUGAAUUUUCUUACAUGCUCCACUCCAUGCAACUAUUCUCAUAUGUGUGGGGAUAAGUAAUCCAAAUCUAUUGUCUGCUGUUUAGGUGAACUAAUGAAUGCAACCCGACAAAAAAGUAAUUUAAGAUUCGGCCUAUACCAUUCUAUGUUUGAAUGGUUUCACCCUCUGUAUAUUGCUGACAAAAAUGCUGGCUACAAGACUCAAGAUUUUGUAACUGUAAGUUCACAUACUUGAUUAAACAAUAGCCUGAAUGAUCUCUUAAGACUCCUUAAAUGAAAAUAACUUUGGAGUGCCCAAUGUUUCUAUUAUGUAUAUGAACAAACAGCAGAGAUUGACUCUAUCAUGGACUUUAUGCUUUACAUUAGAAGAAAUAACAUGCUGUGGCUCCCACUACACAUUAUGAAUUUUAUUUAUGACAUCUGAAAUCCUCCACUGAUUUCAUAAAUUUGGUUUUUAUUUUCAAUCCCAUCAUAAUCUAUGAGUGUAAGGUUAUGUUGUUAUUCAUGCGAUCUGUCAAAGGCCAGUAAGGCAAAGAUGGCAGAAAAUUGUCCAGUUAUAAUAAUGCAAACACAUGUUGACGUGUAAGAAUCCUAAAGUAGCAACAUCCUACAAAAUUAAUCUAGUGUACUAGUAUGCAAGAGUAAAAAAAAUCUCACUGUGAAAUAUGGUAAUGUUGAACAUAAUUAUUCUUGUAAGAAUUAUUUUUUGUCCAGCAUUUCUUUCUUUCUCAUUUAGAAAAGAAUAAAAAAUGUGACAAAUGCAUAAUCUAAAUUGCAUCAAGAUAUUCAAAUUUAAAAAAAAACUCCAUUUCCUAGUUUACUGCUUUAAUAUAUUUUUUAACCUUGAACUUGAACGGUUGAAUACAUGUAUUUUGAUACCCUGUACUUUUAUUUAUAACACAUUUUGAGUUUUUCUGUUAAAUCCAAUAUAAAUAUUGAUUUUUUCUUUAAUUUAAAUUAUUUAAAACUUAAUGAAUUUGAAAAUUAUUUGACCUUUUCUUUUUAGAAAUUAAGCAAAAUAAUCACUUAACCCGAUUAGUCCCCCUACUGUAAUUGUUAUGUUAGAAUACAGGAGAAGUUAUAGUAUCUUUACCCAUGUUAUCUGUGAGUAACUUUUCAGCAAAAAACUUUACCAGAGCUGUAUGAGAUUGUCAAUACCUACAAGCCAGAUGUUGUGUGGUCAGAUGGUGAUUGGGAUGCCCCUGAUGUAUACUGGAAUUCAAAAGAGUUCCUGGCUUGGCUCUAUACAGACAGGUAAAAAUGCAUUUUCGUUGGCUUCAUUAAGUUAUCGAUUUUCUUCCCCAUGUUUAUUUUAGUUCCCUGUAAAGUGAUAUUUCAAUUAAAAAUAAGGAUUUAAUACAUUUAUCUACAGAUACAGUUUGAUGGUCUAAUUACAGAUUUUUAUGAUGUUAGUUUAUAUUCACUUCAUCUACUUCCAUCACAUACUUCUUAUAGCAUUCUGCUGUAUUCUUUAAAGCAGCAUUCCCCAUGUAGUGGUCCACUGAUUGGCACUUGUUAUUGAGCAUUGCAUUGACCGUCCGCAAGCCUGGCAUUGACGGUCGGCACAAUAGGAAUAUUUAUGGUCAAAUAAAUAAAUUAAAAUAAAUAAAUCUGGCACCUGUCUCUGGUUCAUUUUCAAAAUUUGUCCACUGGUCCGCUUAACUUAAUGUUUGGGAAGAGCUGCUUUGAAAUCUCUUCUGCUGUCCUCAUUCACAGCCCUGUCAAAGACAGUGUUGUUGUAAACGACAGAUGGGGACACAAUAUCUCUUGCCAUCACGGGGGUUUCUACACUUGUGGAGACAGGUACAAUCCAGGUAAGAUCAAUGUUCCAGUUACAUUUCAGAUAAGAUCAUUUCUCCAGCAAGAUCAAGAAAUGAAAGGGCAAGAACCUCCCUUUGAAUAUCCCAUUUAGGGGUGACUAACACAUAGCCCCGUAUAAGUCUGACAACAAGGUGAUUGGAAAUUUGUGUUAGUUGGUUGACUAAUCAAAGCAACAUGAACAAAAACUGGUGAAUUUACUGCAUGAUGUUUAAUGACUUGUAAGCGUGAUAGGACCAUCAAAGUUUGGUGGUCCUCUUUUUUUUUUCUUUUUUUUUUUUAAUUAAAAUUUUUUUUUAACCUAUUUAAAAUUAUUUCUAAAGUAAGUGUUAGUAAGAACAGUGCUGUUGAGAUUUAUUAAAAUUUAUAUCAAAGCUUUUGAGGAAAAGCUUUUGGGUGUUACUUCUCAUUGAGAAGUAAAAUAUCAGCUUCAUCAUACUGCUUUAAAUAUUUCUUUAAUUAAAUUUUGUAUUUAUUUAUUUUCUUAUUUAAAUGUUGGUGGUUUAUGACAGAAGCAUGCACACUUGUGAUGCAAUAAGUUUUAUUUGUAGUAAGUUUUACUUUCAUGUUCUUGGUCUCUUUGUUGCAGGCGUUUUGCAGAAACACAAGUGGGAGAAUGCAAUGACCAUUGAUAAGUAUUCUUGGGGAUUUCGAAGGAAUGCCAGAUUAGCCGACUACCUGACCAUAGAAGAACUGCUGCAGACCUUCAUUAUAACUGUUAGGUCAGCUGAUUUUUUUUUUUUAGCAAGUACUGGUCUUAUCUUGUAGAGACAAGCCUUUGGGAAAUUAAUUUUUUUAUUGAAAAUGGAAUGUUAAAAAUAAAUUUAAAAAUAGUGGCUGUAAUAAAAUAUGUCUAUGUUGAAACUUUAAAGUAAAUUUGUGUGUUUUGAUAAUGCUUAAAUAGGUGUUACUUUUCAAUAAAAGUUAUUUGUAAAUAAAUGUUACAAAUAUUAUUUUUCAAUAAAUGUUAUACAUUAUUUUCCAAUCAAUGUUAUAAAUUGUUAUUUUUCAAUCAAUGUUUUUUUUUUCCAACAGCUGUGGGGGGAACAUGUUGAUGAAUGUCGGGCCUCCAAAGCACGGUCACAUAGAUCCCAUCUAUGAAGAAAGGCUUCGGCAGUUGGGCAGUUGGCUCAAACAGAACGGUGAUGGUAUAUACAGCACAAGGCCAUGGACAUAUCAAAAUGAUACUUUGACAGCUAAUGUGUGGUGAGAUGCUCUAUUAUAAUUUGUUUGAAAUAACCAUAACAUAUUUAUGUGCUGGUACAUUUCCCUUUCUCUUUUAAAAAGAUGUUGGUAAAAUCAAGCCAUCUCUUUGAGAAAUAGAUGGUGUGAGUACUUUAAGUUGGUCCAGGUUUUUUUUAACUUGCAAAUAACAUUGUAUGUAGAACCAGUUAGGAUUACCAGAUAUAUCUCAAAUUUUCUUUUUUCCAAACAAAUAUUUCUGAAGUCAUCCCCUGUUUAUAUUUGAACCUCUUGUGUUGUAAUCAAAUUUCUCGAUGAGUUUAAUAGUACCUGUUUUGAUUAAUUUUCUGAUUAAAACUCUAGAAUUUUCGGUAGCAAAAGAAGACUAAAAAAAGAGGUAUCAGAAGUGUCCUUGAUCUUGGGUAAAAAAGAAAGAGAGCUCCGUUCAUACAAAAAGCCAAAACUCUGGUUCACAUCUUUUCCUCUGUCAUCCACUUCUACUUAUGUCUGAUUUAAGUUUUUCUUUCAUUUAAUAUAUAACAGUGGCAUGUCCAGUUCUGUAAGUUGUACGAAAUAAAAGAAGUUCAUCUUAGUCUUUUCAAAUUAUAGAAAAUAUGAUUAGAUUUCAUUGAUCAUCCCAACCCCCUUAAAUCAAUUCAGCCAACUGGUGGUUUAAGAAGUUGGCCUGGUCCACUAUGAACCAGGAAGUAAUUAGUUAUAACAAAUCUACCAUAUUGACCACAAUUCUCUGCUAACAUCAAUAAAAAUAAUUUUGACAUACUCAAAUCAAUGAAAUACUGAGAUAAAAUAAGAAACUUGUGUGGAAGUCUGCUUUACACACUCAUGUGUCAUUCAUGGGAUUGAUAAGAAACUAACAAUUUGUGUAGAUGUAACAGUAUAGUUAAGCUUUAUUAACUAAAAAACCAAUAUACAAACUAUUAAAGUUUCGUCAUCAAUGCGUACAGUACGUUGUUGUGCAGCCAAGUCAUAGAUAUCUUCCUGAUGAGAGGACACCUGAUACCAAGAGGCUUGAAUGUAUUUCAUAAGUCAGUGAUACUGGCGUUGGUCAUAUGAUACUCUAGUUAUAGCUGCCAAACAAUAGAGGUGGAAAUGCAUUAACUUCCUAUCUGCUCAAGUGACACACUUUAUAAGAACCCCAAUUAGUGCUCUCCCCCCCCCCCCUCCCGGUUAGCCCCCACCACAAUUUUUUUCAACCCCCACCCCCAUUUGAGUCCCUCCCCCCCCCCCCCCUGCAGGGUAUGCCACAGCACAAUUUUUUUCAAGCCCCUGAACUAUAUUAGUAUUCUAAUGCCCCACCCCUGUUUACACAGCAGACUUAUUGCACUAUAUUUUAAUUGAGACUAUUUCCGAAAAACAAAAGAAAAUGUUACGCACCGAACACACAUAUGGUAUUUUUCGAGAACUCAAUUAGCGCAGUUAUCAGGAAUUUUAUUUUGCCAGCUAUUGAACUCAGAAUUAUUCAAUACUUCCUUACAUACCCAGAGAAUCAAACUUAUUUAUAAAUCUGAAAAUGGGCAUCUAAGAUUACCAAGAAAGAAAAAAGAUGAAAUUUGAACAACGCAAUUCUUUGUUGCUAAUGGGUUUUCCGACAUUUUAUCCAGGUACACAUUAAAAAAAUCCCAGACUGCAAAAGAUAUUUAUGCCUUUGUGUUUAACUGGCCGAGCGGCAAGACCCUGUCUCUCGGCGGCCCACUCACCACAGUGGCUACAACCAUAUCUCUGCUCGGCUACCCUGGAUAUUUAAGCUUCAAUACAAGGCAGCCGUCCGGUGUUGAUAUCAUCAUCCCUGACAUCCCAAUCAGCAAGAUGCCAAACACCUGGCUCUGGACAUUUAAAAUAACAGCUGUUGCCAAUUAAGAGUUCUUUCAACACGCUUGAAUGUUAAAGAUUUUCAAAAUUUUUUUUUGGGUACUUUUAGUACUUGAAAUAAGUUUAUUAGAUUCAGUUUUAAAAGAAUCUUUUGAAUAUUUUUUUGCUUCAAAUAUAUUUAAAGCACCAUUUUUUAAAUUUCUAUAUUAAUGUAACAAACGGGUGAUGAAUUUGUAAUAAUAUGAUGGACAUAAGCUGAGAUUUAACCACUUAUGUGUAUAAGUAUAUGAGGUGUAGAUGUCAUUUACAUGCAAUUUUUACCACACGAAAAAGGUUAGAUCAUAUUGAAAUAUUUUGUAGCAAUUUUUUAAAAUUUUUAUAACCUUUUUUUUUCUCAGAGUGAGCAUUAUGCACUUGCAAGAUUACUGUAAUCACUUGUUUCCUUUGUUUUAAAAUCCAUUUUUAAAUUGUUUUAUAUUUUUCCUCGCAUAUAUUCCAAGUGGUCUCUUUCUGACCACUUCUAUGUAUUUCUCUAUGCGACCCAGCUGUUUCUUACCACUUCAAUGUAUUUAUUGAUGUGACCAUCAUCAGGUUCCUAGUCACGUAGAGUCGACACGACACGUGUACUUAGAUGUCAGAUUAAAAUAAGACUGUAAAAAUCAUAAUUUUGUUGUGUGAAAAGGGGGGGGGGGGACAUUAGAAUAGUUAUAGAGUUUGGUUGGGGGGAGAGGGGUUGGUGGUUAUCAACAUUAAUAACAUAUCAAUUAUAAUUUAAGUCACUCUCCUACACACCCCAUCGUCCCCACACCUGGCACGCCACUGCACCCACACCUACCAUCUCACUGCACCCACAUCUGAACCCAUAGUGUCUGUUGAAAUUCAGCUGAGUAUUUGAUAAUUUCAUAGCAGAGAGUUAUGUUGCUAUGCCAUAAUCACUUUCCUCCCACUAACAAACCAGUUCCCACUAUCAAACCAGUUUUUUUACUAUCAAACCUGUUCUCACUAUCAAACCAGUUCCCACCAUCAAACCACUUCACACAAUCAAACCAGUUCCCAACAUCAAACCAGUUCCCACCAUCAAACCAGUUCCCACAUCCAUUCAGUUCCCGCCAAACCUCUCAAAUUUUUAUUAGUACUUUCAGUCAUUACCGACAACUAAUUUUUAAAACCCCUUGUUACAUAACAAUGAACUUGUUACAAAUCACGUGACGUGUGCAUUCAACACAAAAUUCAGAUAAAACAAUACUUAAAAGUGACUAGCAAUGUCUCUAAAAAAAAAUUAUUAUUCCUUGUUAUUUAUUUGAAGAGCAUUUUUUAUCAACAGAUAUAAACAUUUUUAUUGUUUUUACCCAUCUCACUUUUUUAAAAGAAGCACUUUCAAAUUUGACUUUAACGUGUGACCCUGACCAGCCCUACCCCAGGGCUAUUCAUUGCUUGUGCUGAGAGGGGGGGGCGAGACAUCGUUUAAAUAAUUAUUACAUGGUAUCCAAGCAGAUAUCUGUAUAUCUGUUGUGACGGAAAACUAAGUGAUAGUAUCUCAAUGGCAUUUGUCGACAAUCGCAAGUUAGAUUAUCUGAAAGCUAAAGUGACAGCAAAUUGGUAUUAUCUGAAUGUUUUUAUUUUUUUUAUAGUGUUUUUUAAAAAGUUAUUGUGAUAAUAACAAUUAUUGUGACAUAGUACAUAGGUAGGAAAGGAAGGUAUGUUAUCUAAAGUUAUUGAAGCAAUAACGGCCCUAUGUUUCGUUUCAUCAUGAAUAUAAUAUUUUAACUCACUGUUUUGUGUAAUAUUUUGAUGUUUUCUUGUAAGGGAUUUUAUUUCUAUAACAAACAUUUUUAAUAAACUUUAUUUAUUGUGGGAAUAAAAAA